AUGCCCUGCACCUGCACCUGCACCUGCGGCCGCGAGGAGCCCAUGCCCCAGCACCACCACGAGCGCACGCUCUCCAGCAACACCUCCUUCUCGUCCCCCACCGCGUCGCCGGCGCUCUCGUACGCGUCGUCGUCGACCAACUACCUGCCGGCGUCCAACAAGCUGCCGUGCGAGAGCAUCCCCUACGCCGAGUCCGGGCCCGACGACCUCAUCAAGCUCUCGUCCUUCUCAUCCACGUCGUCCUACGAGAGCUUCUUCCACAUCGAGGCGCUCGACGACUCCAACUUCGGGCCCGGCAUCGGCAACGAGGACGCGGCCGCCGCCGCGGCGGCGGACAUCGAGUUCCUGGACUUCGAGCCCUGCACGAUGCGGCCUCCGGCGGUCCAGACGAUGAUUCCGCCGCAGCAGGGCAGGCAGAGAGCCGAGGGCGCCGCCGUCGCCGCCGCGGCGGCGUACGACCCAAAAAGGCUCCCGUCGUCCAUGUUCCGGACGCGGUCGACGAACCGCGCCGAAUGGAGCGCCACCUCCAACGAAUCGCUCUUCAGCAUCCAGCUCAGCAGCUCCGCCGCCGACCUCACCGCGCGAUACGCCGACUUCUACUACGACGCCGCCGGGUUCCCCCGGUUCCCGUCCCUGGGGCGCGACGCGGCGGCUAUGAGGCAGCUGCCGUCCUUGUCGGAAUCGUCGGGCCGCUCAGGGGGGCUGUGUGUCAGGCACGACUGCGCCAGGUGUGGCAGCGGCAGCAAGACCAGGAAGUCCGUCAGGUUCGCCGCCACCGAGAGCGUCUCCGGCGAGGGCAAGCACAAGCACUCUGUCGUCGUCUCCACGUACGUGACCCAGCAGCCCAAUCGAUCGUUUGCGUGA